AUGGUCGAAUGCCGAGUGUUGCUUAAUGUUGAUGCAAACCCUUGUUGGGUCUGCCAGGAUCUGUUCAAUAAUUUGCCAGCUCGAAGCAUUCGAACCUUCGAUGAUCUAAGCAAGGGUUUCUUGGCUAAUUUCUCACAACAAAGGAGAUAUGUGAAUGAUGCCACUGUGAUCUUCCAGAUCAAACAAAAAGAUGAUGAAAGCCUCAGGGAUUUCAUCGAGAGGUACAAAAAGGAAGGUUUAACAUAUGUGGGAGCCGAUGAGAAGAUGAGGGUUGCCGGCUUCAUGAAUGCAAUCACCUCUAAGUACCUUAUCAGGGACUUCAACAAGUGCCUGCCCAAAACCUUGGAAGAAGCCCUUGAAAGAGCUGAGACUCAUAUCAGGGGGGAAGAAGCGGUUGACAUUAAGGAGCAAAGAAAGAGGGUUCCUAGCCGGAGACACAAUAGCCCCAGCCGAAAAAGAGGCAACUACGGUUCUUAUGAUAGACGCCCUCGAAGGUCUGAAGGUCGGAACCCUUCUAUCAAAGACAAGGCCACGAACUUCACAGCCCUAACCAAGACUCCUCAAGAAAUACUUGCCACCGAAGAAGUCAAGCACAGCUUCCGACCACCAAGACCCCUGACCAAGAGCAAAAGAAAUGAAACUUCCACCCAAUUUUGUAAAUUCCAUGAAGAAAAAGGUUAUCAUACCAAUGAUUGUUUUCAACUCAAAAAGAGAAUCGAAGAAGCAGUUAAGUCUGGAGAACUUGCCCACCUGGUCAAGGGGGUAAAAGAUAAGAUGGGUGAUGGAAAAAGCAAAAAAGUGAACAUGGUGAAUGUCACUGAAAGAACUCCUACCAAGCGGCAAAAAGGGCUUCCCACCCCUACAAAAAGGGCUUCCCACCCCUACAAAAAGGGCUCCAUUCAAACCUUUUGGUAUUUGAAGCCACUGUGGGGACAUUGA